GGCGGCGCCAUUUUGUGCUCAGAGCCGCUACAGCCGCCGGCGGUGUGAGGAGUAGGUGGCCGAGACAGGACCCGCGCGAUGGCGGAGACGCUAGCGGAGCCGGGUGACUCGGGCUCUGGCACCGCCGCUGUCGGCCUGGGCGACUCCGAGACGGGGACGCGGCGGCUCAGCGAGCUGCGGGUGGUGGACCUGCGGGCGGAGUUGAAGAAGCGGAACCUGGACACGGGCGGCAACAAGAGCGUCCUGAUGGAGCGCCUCAAGAAGGCUGUCAAGGAAGAAGGGCAAGAUCCGGACCAAAUUAACCUGGACUUAGACACCACCAGCAAGAAGACCUCAAAGAGAUCCGUUAAAGGACUGAAGACGGAGGAGGAAAGCAUGGAAGACAAUGGCCUGGAGGAAGAUUCCAGAGAUGGCCAGGAGGAGAUGGAAACCAGUCUGGAGCACCUGCAGAAUAUCGACAUGAUGGAUAUCCGCGUACUUGAUGACACGGAAGUUGAUAACGGCAGCGCUCCUGGCUUUGGGGAAGAUGGCACAGACAACAUUCUCUACUCCCUUUGCGAUAGCAAGGAGUACGUGGCUGAACAACUCAGACAGCUCCCAGCUCAGCUCACCGAGCACGCUGUCGAUGGGGAAGGCUUUGGAGACACUUUGGAUCCUUCGUCGCUGGACUUAAAAGUCACCUCGGAUAUUGAAGAACCGCUCUUGGAACCAGAAAAUGAGAAAAUACUCGACAUUUUGGGGAAAACUUGUAAAUCUGAGCCAGUAAAAGAAGAAGGUUCCGAGCUGGAGCAGCCAUUGGCACAGGACACAAGUAGCGUGGGGCCAGACAGGAAGUGUGCGGAGGAAGAGGACCUUUUUGUCAGCGCUCACCCGGAAGAGGAGGAGCAGGAGCAAGAGGAGGAGAAGGAAGGUGCUUUAGCUGUGGCCAGCGAGUCCACAGACGCUCAGUGGAGCAAGGCAGACACCCUGUUAGCGGUAGUGAAAAGGGAGCCCGUGGAGCAGACGGGCGACGGCGAGAGGCCGGACUGUGAGCCCACGGGGCUAGAGAAGCCAGUUGAGCAGAGUAGUAAAGGCCCCGAAGACGCGGAGGCCUCGGGCCAGGAGGCGGCGACAGAAGCUCUCCAGGAAGACUCAAGCGCUGAGCCCCAAGAUAGCAAAGAAGACGUGAAGAAGGGGGACCUGGAAGCUUGUAAUGAAGCCCCCCCAGCUCCCAAAGAGUCCUCCGCCAGGGAGGGCGCUGAUCAGAAAAUGAGCUCUUUUAAAGCAGAAGAAGAAGAAGAAGAAGAUGUAAAGCCGAGUAUUAAAGACGACAAAGCUCGUGUCAGUAGCAGUUCUGGUCGGAACCUGUGGGUUAGCGGGCUGUCCUCGACCACUCGCGCCACUGAUCUGAAGAACCUUUUCAGCAAGUAUGGAAAGGUUGUCGGGGCCAAGGUGGUCACCAAUGCCCGCAGUCCUGGGGCGCGGUGCUACGGCUUUGUCACAAUGUCGACCUCCGACGAGGCCACCAAGUGUAUCAACCACCUUCACCGGACAGAGCUACACGGAAGAAUGAUCUCCGUAGAGAAGGCCAAAAACGAGCCCGCUGGGAAGAAGCUAGCUGAGAGGAAAGAGAGUGAGGUGAAGAAGGAGAAGUCUGCAAGUGUGGACAGGCCUCAUGCUGUGGAGAUCAAAGUUGAAAAAACCGUAAUUAAGAAGGAAGAGAAGGAAGAGAAGGUCGAGAGAAAGGAGGAGAAAAAGCCUGAAGACAUUAAAAAGGAAGAAAAAGACGAAGAGGAGCAGAAACCACCGGGAACCCCCAGUCGGUCCAGAGUCACAAAAUCAGGAAGCCGAGGAGUGGAGCGGACAGUUGUGAUGGACAAGUCCAAAGGCGAGCCUGUCAUCAGUGUGAAGACCACAAGCAAGUCCAAAGAGAGGAGCUCCAAGAGUCACGACCGGAAAUCGGAAAGCCGAGAGAAGCGCGACAUCCUAUCGUUUGAUAAAAUCAAAGAGCAGCGCGAGCGAGAGCGCCAGAGGCAGCGAGAGCGGGAGAUCCGGGAGACAGAGAGGCGGCGCGAGCGGGAGCAGCGGGAGCGGGAGCUGCGCCUGGAGGUCUUCCAUGAGCGCAAGGAGCGAGCCCGCUUCCAGCGCGAGCGCAUGCACCUGGAGUGCCAGCGGCAGAGGCUGGAGCGCGAGCGCUGGGAGCGGGAGCGGCUGGAGCGCGAGCGCAUGCGUGUGGAGCGCGAGCGCCGCAAGGAGCAGGAGCGCAUCCACCGCGAGCGCGAGCAGCUGCGCUACGAGCAGGAGCAGCUGCGCUACGAGCAGGAGCGGCGGCCUGCCUUCCGGAGGCCCUACGACAUGGACGGCCGACGUCCUGACCCCUACUGGCCAGAGGGGAAGCGGGCGAUGAUGGAGGACAGGUACUUUCCGCGCUCUGAGCACCGCUUCCACACCUUCGACCACCGUGAUCGGGGUCAUUACCAGGAUCACAUGGGUGACAGGAGGGAAGGUUCCCGGUCCAUGAUGGGCGAGCGAGACAGGCCGCACUACAUUGAGCGCCACGGCCAUGGUGGGCCCCCAGAGCACCACAGCCGGGACUCCAGAGACAGCUGGGGUGGCUACGGCCCGGACAAGAGGCUGAGCGAGGGCCGGGUCCCGCCACCUACACCCAGGGCUGGACGUGACUGGGGUGAGCACGGCCCGAGGCUGGAAGAUCGCCCAGAGCGGGCCUGGCAGGACAGCGGGGAGGCUGAGGCAGCCAGCCAAGAGCACGCGCAGUGGCAGGGUGGUGAGCGAGGCCCGUCCAGCCCCUCGGGGCCAGGGCACCUGGGGAACCACGGAGGCAUGGCGGGGCACCUGGCGACCUCCAGUGCCACGGAAGCCGCUGCAGCCGCCACCACCACUCUAGAGGACGGCAGUCCUCACCUGGACCCGGCCCGGCACACCCCCGGCUGCCGAGACACGCAGAGCACUUGACGAGCAUUCUUCGGCCUUUGUUCCGAGGCGAGGCGGCUUUGCACAGGGUGGACACACCCAGGACCCGGGGCGCCGGUGGGCGGACUGGAUGGUGGAGCACUGGCUGGCCAGGACCAGGGCAGCAGGGGCCCCUCAGCCCCACCCACAACCCCCUUCAC